AUGGGGACGCCAGAGCCAGUGGGCUCCCGGGCGAGGGUGCCGGGGGACUUGGGUCCGAACGGGGUAGCGGAGCUGGGCGCCCUGCGGGUGGCCGUCAGCACCCAGUCCGAAGACCCGGGGAAGGACGCCAGGAGUGAAGCAGAAGGUGCCAGCUGCCAGGCCAGUCUGGAGGACAAGCAGGACGGGGACCAGGAUGCCCGCGGGCUGGCACCAGAGGACGCAAAGGCGGAGGAGGCCAGCACCCGCUGCGAGCAGCCGGCCGGAGGGGAGGGCGCAGACGAGUGCACCCCAGAGGCCAAGGAACAGGAGCCCGAGUCCAUCAAGCUAGACGACCUUCUGGAAAAAGAGAAACCACCUGUGUUUGUGGACGUUGACCUGGGAGACCGUGCCGAGGAGGUGAUCACGUGCAUCACGAAAGAAGAGAAGCGGUCCCAGAAGGACAUGGGGGAUGUGUCAGAGGACGAGUCCAGGACCAGCUGGGUGUGCUGCAUCCCAUACUCCACCAGGAAGAAGGUGAAGGAGAGUGCGUAGGCUGGAGAAGGCCAGCCAGACCGGGAGGGGCGAGGAUGCAGACAGCUGUCCUGAAACACCAGAGAAGCCUGCUUCAGAGGCACUGUGACCGCUUCACACAUGAUGCUCCAUCACUGGGAAGCGAUGAGGCCAUCUUUUAAAGACGCAAUAAAAAGUGAAUGAAAGAUGUA